CAUUAACAUUGGAUGCCAACCGCCGUUAAACCCCAUCGAAGAAGAAUAAGAAGCUAGAGGGAGAGACGGAGACCAGUUGAUAGACAUCAGGAUAUCGUUAUGGCUUUUCGGCACGGUUUGGACUCGCAGAUAGUAAUAGUUGGCUGUGGAAUAUCUGGUAUUGGAGCAGCUGUGAAGUUAACCAAACAUGGUUUCCGCAAUGUGAGGAUCCUGGAAGCGACGGGGCGGAGUGGAGGAAGGAUAAAGACAGGCAAAAUGGGUAAUAACAUCAUAGAGAUUGGUGCUAACUGGAUCCAUGGUCCGUCGGAGGCUAACCCAGUGUUCUGUCUGUCCAGACAGUACAGCCUGCUGGACCCAGAGAGCCUGACUCCGGAGAACCAGGACCUGGCUAUAGGAGGUCACCCACCAUGGGUACCAAACUGGUUCUCCAGCUCUGGUCAUAAGCUGACUCCAGAGCUGAUGGGUCCUGCUGUAGAGCUGUUUGCUGAGGUGUUGGAGGAGGGAGGCGAGUUCAGCGAACAGGGAGGAGAACCGUAUAGCAGUGUCGGAGAGUUCAUAAGGACAAAGGUGCGUCAGCGUGCAGCAGAGCGGUGGCAAGGUGACAGUCUGUCCUGUCAGUCUGUCCGUCUGUCUUUGAUCAGUACUCUGUUGAAGGCGGAGUGUUGUGUGAAUGGAACACACACUCUGGACACGCUGGGCCUGGGAGCCUUUGGACUGUACAAGACCUUGCCUGGAUUGGACUGCACCUUCCCCCGAGGUUAUGAAGGGUUAAUCGACAACUUGAUGAAAGAGCUUCCUGCUGGGAUAGUCUCCUACCAUCGACCAGUCAGCUGUGUCCACUGGCAGAGGGUGGUGAGGAAAGGAGGGAGAGAGUACCCUGUUGUGUUGGAGUGUGAAGAUGGAGAGAGAAUCCCAGCGGACCACGUCAUCCUCACUGUCCCUCUCGGUUAUCUGAAGCAGCAUCAUGGUACCCUCCUCUCCCCUCCUCUACCCCUCCACAAGCUGCACUCUGUUCAGAGGAUGGGCUUUGGAACCAACAACAAGAUCUUUGUGGAGUUUGACCAACCCUGGUGGGACGACGACUGUGAGGUCAUAUACCUGGUCUGGGAAGACGAGUCAGACUUGGUGGACCAGGUAUCAGAUGUGGAGAGACUCUGGAUCAAGAAACUGUUUGGUUUCACUGUCCUCAAACCCACUGAGCGGUAUGGCCAUGUUUUGUGUGGCUGGAUCGCUGGUCAUGAGUCUGAGUUCAUGGAGACUCUGCCAGAACAGGACGUCACACACUCCGUAACACACCUGAUACGCAGGUUCACAGGGAACCCAACCAUCACCCCACGGCGUGUCCUGAGGUCUCAGUGGUUUCAUGACCCAUGGACCUGUGGCUCCUACACCUACACCGCUACUGGAACCUCACUGCAGGAUAUACACAACCUGGCUGAACCACUACCACAACAAGGGGAACAGCCUCUCCAGGUGUUGUUUGCUGGAGAAGCCACCCAUCCUUCCUUCUUCUCCACUGUCCAUGGAGCGCUGCUUACUGGCUGGAGGGAAGCUGGUAGACUCAUAUCUCACUACUCUGCCCCCAGCACAUUCCAGCCAACCAGAUCAAAGCUAUAAGGACAAGAACUCACUCGUUGUAAAAGUGUUAUAUACUGAACAAAAAUAUAAAUGCAACAUGCAACAAGAUUUUAAUGAGUUACAGUUCGUAGAAGGAAGUCAGUCAAUUGAAAUAGAUAAAUUAGGCCCUAAUCUAUUAAUUUCACAUGACUGGGCAGGGGCACCACCACCCACUGAGGAGCCAGGCCCAGCCAAUCAGAAUGAACCCCCCCCCACACACACACACACAC